AUGUUAUUUGAUUAUUUUAGUCACAAAUAUAAAUUAGUUGAUAAUCCUCUAGCAGGACCUUUCACAAUCUUUUAUAAUAAUUGUAAAUUUAAAUCAAAAGCUAGUUAUACUGAUGAAAAGGUUGUUUAUGCUUAUUUCUUAUGGUGCAAUCUUUCUGAUGAUAGAAAAAAAUUUUAUGAAAAAAUUUAUUUAAAGCAAUUUGAUAAGAUAAAAGAUCCUGGGAUUCAAGAUUACUAUCUUGAGAAGAUAGAACAAACAGACAAGAAAGAAGGUAAGAUAAAAUUUAGUAAACUUUCAAUGAUAAAGUCUAAAAAUGUUCUAACCAGUGAGAUAAAAAGCUCUAUUCCUUCAUCAGAAAAGAAGCUUAUUUCACCAAUAGGAUUUGAUUAUCUUGGAUCACUCAGAUGGAAGAAGGGAGGUUAUUAUACAACCAAAUUAGUUUUUCUAACAUUUUUAAGAGAGAUCCUUAAAACUCACUAUACGAAAGAUGAUUAUUUUAAUAAACUGAAAAAUAAAGAAAAGCUCACAUCAGAAGAAUGUUAUAAAUUGGCAAUUCAUAUAGGACAGAUAUGGAACAAUCUUAAUAGUGUACAAAAGAAAGAAUGGGUAAAAAAAUCAAAAGAAUAUUACAGGCAAUAA